AUGUCCUUUAAUCUCAGUGAGAGGAGAAAGGAUAAGGGAGAAGUGGAGAGAGACGAGGGGAGAGAAAGAGAGAGACGAGGGGAGAGAAAGAGAGAGACGAGGGGAGAGAAAGAGAGAGAGACGAGGGGAGAGAAAGAGAGAGACGAGGGGAGAGAAAGAGAGAGACGAGGGGAGAGAAAGAGAGAGACGAGGGGAGAGAAAGAGGAGAGACGAUUGGAGAGAAAGAGCGAGAGACGAGGGGAGAGAAGAGAGAGACGAGGGGAGAAACGAGGGAGACGAGGGGAGGAAAGAGAGAGAGACAAGGGGAGAGAAAGAGAGAGACGAGGGGAGAGAAAGAGAAGAGACGAGGGGAGAGAAAGAGAGAGACGAGGGGAGAGAAAGAGAGAGAGAGAAAGGUAUUUGAGGCAAUGUAAAGAGAUACUGUCUUUUAUGUGUUACUUUGGGUUGUGAAGAGAUGUCUUGUCUGGCAGCAAUUGGCUUCCCUCCAAGACAUACACACACGCACGCACGCACGCACGCACGCACGCACGCACGCACGCACGCACGCACGCACGCACGCACGCACGCACGCACACACGCACACACACACACACACACACACACACACACACACACACACACACACACACACACACACACACACACAGACACAGACACAUGGAAAGACACUCUCUCUCACACAGACACCUGUAGGAUCCUGAGCUGAUAUAUCUCAUAAACCAUCCUGAUUGUAGAAGGUCAUUUAAUCUGUAUCAGAGAGGUCAGAGAGAUCCGGAGAAACAAUCACUGGACCUUCACACACACCAUUUCACCAUGUCAGUAUAUUCAAUAUUGGAUUCAUCUCCAGUGAGUUUUGUGUACAUGCAUUUCUCAACAGAAAUAACACAUAUGUCUAUGUAUGCUGACAAUUAUACAAUGGGUGGGUGUAAACCGCAUUCCAGCCAGUGUCUAUUCCACAAGACGAGGGGAGAGAAAGAGAGAGAGACGAGGGGAGAGAAAGAGAGAGACGAGGGGAGAGAACGAUGGGUGGGUGUAAACCGCAUUCCAGCCAGUGUCUAUUCCACAAGUUACCACCGGCUAAGGCUAUGACGUUGAAAUGCCUAUUCACUGUUCCAUCUCACUGCGCAAUCCACUGUCUCAUCAGGCCAACCAGGCAAUUUAUAAACUCUAUCUCCACUGUAAAAAGCAUCUAGACAUUAUCUGCCCUUUCUUUUAGACUAGCAAUAUAUCCUGCCAAUAUAUCCUGCAAACACCUGCUUCUCAGGCAUUAUCACUUAAAUGACAGUCAGUACGUGGUAUUGGUUAGUUAGUUGAAUGGAGGUGAUACAACAGCACCCUCCUGUGGUAGAGUUCAUUCUCAACACAUAAUAAUAAUAAUAAUAAUAAUAAUAAUAAUAAUAAUAAUAAUAACCAGAAGAGGUCACUGGAGCAGAUAUGAGGUACUGAUCAGUGGAGGCUGGUGGGAGCAGCUAUAGGAGUACAGGCUCAUAGUAAUGGCUUGAAUGGAAUAAAUGGAACGGUAUCAAACAUACGGACAUUCCAUUCCCGCCAUUACAAUGAUCCCAUCUCCCUAUAGCUCUUCCCACCAGCCUGCACUGUUACUGAUACAUUGCAGAUGUACUUACCACAAAUGCCUAUUACCACAAGUUCGUCCUAUUGUACAAUGCUCUCCUUUUCACAUUUUUUGUAUUGUCAUUAGCACAGUAUACAUCACACGUGUCAAACUCAUUCCACAGAGGGCCGAGUGUCUGCGGGUUUUCACUCCUCCCUAGUAUUUGAUUGAUUAAUUAAGGUCAGUAAUUAGUAAAGAACUCCCCUCACCUGAUUGUCUAGGUCUUAAUUGAAAGGAAAAACCAAAAACCUGCAGACACUAGGCCCUCCAUGGAAUGAGUUUGACACCCCUGGUAUACAUGAUCCCAAUUCUAGCUCCAAGACGGCGGCAAUUAAAAAAAACAAAAAAAAGUAUAUUGUGCUGAUUUACUGGCACAUUGAACCAUGUCACGCGUCGUAUUUUAAGAACUAUGUGGGUAGUCCUAAAAACAAUGACGUCAUAUCUGAAUUCCUCCAUCUUUAUGCACAUUCACCAUUGAAAUGGAAUUGACCCCCAUCCCUAGUUCAUAGAUUGACUAUGUGAGACAAUACAGAAUGAGCUUGUCUAGUAACAGUCUGGCUGUGGCUGCUCAGACCCCAUAGAAAUAUGUUUGAAAAACUGUAGCCAGGUACAAGCCAACAUGCUGUUCAGGGCCGCAUCCCACAUGGCACUCUAUUCUCUAUAUAGUGCACUAAUUUUGACCAGGGCCCAUAAAGAAAUAGUGCACUGCAUAAGGAAUAGGGUGCCAUUUGGGACUGUAUGUGUGUGUCUGAAGGGAGUUGGCAGGACGUAAGGAUUGGCAUCCAGUGCUCUGAUUUGUCCCUGUAAUCUGUAAUAACCAGUCUCAAGUACUCUAAUCAGUCUCUCUGUCAUGAGGGCGUUUAUCUAUGUUGGAUGUUCUAUGUGUGUUUUUGUAUUUGUUUAAAGUGAAGUAUUCUGUGAAUUGUGGGAUGUCUCAAUCAGUUAUUCUCAGUCUUGUGUCUCUUACACUAUCUCACUAUCUCUCUCUCUCUCACUAUCUCUCUCUCUCUCCUCUCUCACUAUCUCUCCUAUCCCUCUCUCUCUCUCUCCUCCUCCUCGUCCCCUCUCUGCUCUCUGCUCUCUCUCUCAUCCUCUCGUCUCUCUCGUUCUCUCUUCUCUCCUCUCCUCUCUGCUCUCUCUUCCUCUCUUCUCUCUCUCCUAUUCUCUCUCUCGCUCUGUCUCUCUCUCUGCCUUUUCUGCCCCCUCUCUCUCGCUCUUCUCUUUCUUCUCCUGUCAUUCUCUUUUUUCCUCUCCUUCCCCUCCCCCUCUCCCUCCCUCCCUCACUCUCCUCUCUCCUUUUUCUCUGCUCCCCUCCCAUCGCCGUUCCCGCUCCGUCACCUCCCCCCCCCUCUCCUCCCUCUCCUCUCCCUCUCUCUCUCCUCCACCAUCGUGUGCCUCCCCACUACUCUCCAGAGGAACAGGUGUCCCGUGCUCGUUACUCUCCAGAGCCAAGGCACCUACUCGUGUGUCACUGCCAACCCCAUAGGAAAAUACACCGCUUCCACUGUUCUCCAUGUCACCGGUGGGUUCACACACACACACACACACACACACACAUGUGAGCGUGCAUAUACACACACAAGUGUAAAUGCACACACACAAGCGUGCGUAGUGCAUACACAGAUUGACACACAAGUGCUCUGGCAGCCCGCACAAACACACACGCAUACGCACACACACACACACACACACACACACAGCUGAAGUAUACGGCUGGCGCUGUGCUAGCUAUCAGGGUGGUAAAAUCCAUCUCCUCUCAAAUGUUAAUCACACCUCAUUGUGGAACACACACACAAACACACACACACACACACACACACACACACACACACACACACGCUACUCUGACCAAACCAGGGUGGUCCAAGAACCUGGUCUAACACUAUUUGUCUAACACUCAGACAUUCGUAGUCCAUGCUCUGUAUUUGGUACCAUGGACUACAUUACUCCUUGUCCAUGUUGUCUGUUACUCUGGAACAUAUCCUAACCUACUGUAAACCUCCACACAACAUGGUGAUAACCUACUGUAAACCUCCAUACAACGUGAUGAUAACCUACUGUAAACCUCCAUACAACGUUUUGAUAACCUGCUGUAAAUCUCCAUACAACAUGAUGAUAACCUACUGUAAACCUCCACACAACAUGGUGAUAACCUACUGUAAACCUCCAUACAACAUGAUGAUAACCUACUGUAAACCUCCACACAACAUGGUGAUAACCUACUGUAAAGCUCCAUACAACGUUUUGAUAACCUGCUGUAAAUCUCCAUACAACGUGAUGAUAACCUACUAUAAACCUUCACACAACAUGAUGAUAACCUGCUGUAAACCUCCAUACAACGUGAUGAUAACCUACUGUAAACCUCCAUACAACAUGAUGAUAACCUGCUGUAAACCUCCAUACAACAUGAUGAUAACCUACUGUAAAGCGCCAUACAACAUGAUGAUAACCUGCUGUAAACCUCCACACAACAUGAUGAUAACCUACUGUAAACCUCCAUACAACAUGAUGAUAACCUGCUGUAAACCUCCAUACAACAUGAUGAUAACCUACUGUAAACCUCCAUACAACAUGAUGAUAACCUGCUGUAAACCUCCACACAACAUGAUGAUACGUUGAAUCUUACCAGGAUUAAUACAGAAACUAGAUGAAUCAAACUAUGACAACACUUGGAGCCUGUCCUGAAGGCCCUAGUUAGAACAUGGUAGGGGAGGAGGAGGACAGAAACAUUCUGGCAUAUUGUUUAGAUUUUACUGUGGAUUUCACUUUUCUUGCCCCAGAACUGUAGGUUCAUGAAACUAUUGGUUCACACGUAUUUGGACUUGAAUGAAUGGAUGAAUGAAUGAUUGAUUGAUGGAUGCAUUUAUUAAUUGAUUGAUGGAUUGAUUGAUUGACAGGACUAACUCUAGGUCCAACUCCAGGUCCAGCUCACGACCCAACUCCAGCCAGAGGGUCUACAGUGUCCCUGCAGUCCAAGGAGCUGAGCAGGAGGAGAGUCCUCAUGGCUUCACGCAUGGGAACCACUGUGACCAUCAGACCUGGAGAGAUCUUACGCAUAGGUACUGUACAGUCGUGGUCAAAAGUUUUGAGAAUGACACAAAUACUAAUUUUCACAAAGUCUGCUGCCUCAGUUUUGAUGAUGGCAAUUUGCAUAUACUCCAGAAUGUCAUGAAGAGUGAUCAGAUUAAUUGCAAUAAUUGCAAAGUCCCUCUUUGCCAUGAAAAUGAACUUAAUCCCCAAAAAACAUUUCCACUGCAUUUCAGCCCUGCCACAAAAGGACCAGCUGACAUCAUGUCAGUAAUUCUCUCGUUAACACAGGUGAGAGUGUUGACGAGGACAAGGCUGGAGAUCACUCUGUCAUGCUGGUUGAGUUAGAAUAACAGACUGGAAGCUGAGGGUGGUGCUUGAAAUCAUUGUUCUUCCUUUGUUAACCAUGGUUACCUGCAAGUAAACACGUGCCGUCAUCAUUGCUUUGCACAAAAAGGGCUUCACAGGCAAGGAUAUUGCUGUUAGUAAGAUUGCACCUAAAUCAACCAUUUAUCGGAUCAUCAAGAACUUCAAGGAGAGAGGUUCAAUUGUUGUGAAGAAGACGUCAGGGCGCCCAAGAAAGUCCAGCAAGCGCCAGGACCUUCUCCUAAAGUUGAUUCAGCUGCGGGAUCGGGGCACCACCAGUGCAGAGCUUGCUCAGGAAUGGCAGCAGGCAGGUGUGAGUGCAUCUGCACACACAGUGAGGCGAAUACUUUUGGAGGAUGGCCUGGUGUCAAGAAGGGCAGCAAAGAAGCCACUUCUCUCCAGGAAAAACAUCAAGGACAGACUGAUAUUCUGCAAAAGGUACAGGGAUUGGACUGCUGAGGACUGGGGUAAAGUCAUUUUCUCUGAUGAAUCCACUUUCCGAUUGUUUGGGGCAUCCGGAAAACCCCUUGUCCGGAGAAGACAAGGUGAGCGCUACCAUCAGUCCUGUGUCAUGCCAACAGUAAAGCAUCCUGAGAAAAUUAAUGUAUGGGGUUGCUUCUCAGCCAAGGGAGUGGGCUCACUCACAAUUUUGCCUAAGAACACAGCCAUGAAUAAAGAAUGGUACCAACACAUCCUACGAGAGCAACUUCUUCCAACCAUCCAAGAACAGUUUGGUGAUGACCAUUGCCUUUUCCAGCAUGAUAGUUAUCACUUUUGCCUUAUGGCAAGGUGCUCCAAAUGGCUCUGGGAACAAAACAUUGACAUUUUGGGUCCAUGGCCAGGAAACUCCCCAGACCUUAAUCCCAUUGAGAACUUGUGGUCGAUCCUCAAGAGGCGGGUGGACAAACAAAAACCCACAAAUUCUGACAAACUCCAAGCAUUUAUUAUGCAAGAAUAGGCUGCCAUCAGUCAGGAUGUGGCCCAUAAGUUAAUUGACAGCAUGCCAGGGCGGAUAGCAGAGGUCUUGAAAAAGAAGGGUCAACACUGCAAAUAUUGACUCUUUGCAUAAACUUAAUGGAAUUGUCAAAAAAAUAUCUCAUAACACUGAAGCAGCGAACUUUGUGAAGACCAAUUCUUGUGUCAUUCUCAACACUUUUGACCAUGACUGUAUACACACUAACACACAAUGGCAUAUACGUAAGUAUGAAUGAACGCACACACACACACACACACACAAUGACCAAUGGCCUCCCUCUCUCCUUCCAGGAUGCCCAGUGGUUCCAGACCAUAGAGGGCCUGUCCGUUGGGACUACCAGAACCACACUCUGAAGGAGUCCACCUGGACCGGACCAGACCUGGCCCCAGGACAGAGUCUGAGUCCUGGGCAGGAUCAGAGUCUGGGUCCUGGUCUGGUUCUGGGUCUUCAGUACCGUAUACUGGUGGGAGGUCGUGUUCUGGAGGUGAACACUGUGCAGGGAAGGUUCUCUGGACGCUACCGAUGCCAAACCCCCAUCCACGACAACACACAGCUACUGUCUGCUUGGAUCCACGUCCAUGCUGAAGGUGUGUGUGUGUGUGUGUGUGUAUGUAUGUAUGUGUGUAUGUGCUAAUGUGUAUGUGUGUGUAUGUGUAUGUGUAUAUGUAUGUAUGUGUGUGUGUGUGUGUAUUUAUGUGUAUGUAUGUGUGUAUGUAUGUGUGUGUGUGCUAAUGUGGUCCUCUGUAGCUCAGCUGGUAGAGCACGGCGCUUGUAACGCCAAGGUAGUGGGUUCGAUCCCCGGGACCACCCAUACACAAAAAUGUAUGCAUGCAUGACUGUAAGUCGCUUUGGAUAAAAGCGUCUGCUAAAUGGCAUAUUUAUUUUUUAUUUUUAAUGUGUAUGUGUGUGUAUGUGUAUAUGUAUGUAUGUGUGUGUGUGUAUGUGUGUAUAUAUGCGUGCGUGCGUGCCUGCGUGUGCGGUUUACGCACAACUUUCUGCUGCACCUAAUAAUAACAUUUAAUGAGACCCACUCCACAAACUUCUGAUAACCUUCCAUGUAAUUCAUUGUAAUUACAGGUACAGUUGAAGUCGGAAGUUUACAUACACUUAGGUUGGAGUCAUUAAAACUCGUUUCUCAACCACUCCACACAUUUCUUGUUAACAAACUAUAGUUUUGGCAAGUCGGUUAGGACAUCUACUUUGUGCAUGACACAAGUAAUUUUUCCAACAAUUGUUUACAGACAGAUUAUUUCACUUAUAAUUCACUGUAUCACAAUUCCAGUGGGUCAGAAGUUUACAUACAUUAAGUUGACUGUGCCUUUAAACAGCUUGGAAAAUUCCAGAAAAUGAUAUCAUGGCUUUAGAAGCUUCUGAUAGGCUAAUUGACAUCAUUUGAGUCAAUUGGAGGUGUACCUGUGGAUGUAGUUCAAGGCCUACCUUCAAACUCAGUGCCUCUUUGCUUGACAUCAUGGAAAAAUCAAAAGAAAUCAGCCAAGACCUCAGGAAAAAAAAUCCUGGUUCAUCCUUGGGAGCAGUUUCCAAACGCCUGAAUGUACCACGUUCAUCUGUACAAACAAUAGUAUGCAAGUAUAAACACCUUGGGACCACGCAGCCAUCAUACCGCUCAGGAAGGAGACGCGUUCUGUCUCCUAGAGAUGAACGUACUUUGGUGCAAAAAGUGCAAAUCAAUCCCAGAACAACAGCAAAGGACCUUGUGAAGAUGCUGGAUGAAACAGGUACAAAAGUAUCUAUAUCCACAGUAAAAUUAGUCCUAUAUCGACAUAACCUGAAAGGCCGCUCAGCAAGGAAGAAGCCACUGCUCCAAAACCGCCAUAAAAAAGCCAGACUACGGUUUGCAACUGCACAUGGGGACAAAGACCGUACUUUUUAGAGAAAUGUCCUCUGGUCUGAUGAAACAAAAAUAGAACUGUUUGGCCAUAAUGACCAUCGUUAUGUUUGGAGGAAAAAGGGGGUUGCUUGCAAGCCGAAGAACACCAUCCCAACCGUGAAGCGCGGGGGUGGCAGCAUCAUGCUGUGGGGGUGCUUUGCUGCAGGAGGGACUGGUGCACUUCACAAAAUAGAUGGCAUCAUGAGGAAGAAAAAUGAUGUGGAUAUAUUGAAGCAACAUCUCAAGACAUCAGUCAGGAAGUUAAAGCUUGGUCGCAAAUGGGUCUUCCAAAUGGACAAUGACCCCAAGCAUACUUCCAAAGUUGUGGCAAAAUGGCUUAAGGACAACAAAGUCAAGGUAUUGGAGUGGCCAUCACAAAGCCCUGACCUCAAUGCUAUAGAAAAUGUGUGGGUGUAAUGAAUACUCAGGGAGAAAAAGGUGUAGAUUAACGUGCAGAGCGUGGCAGGUGUUUAUUUCACCUUCACAGAAGGCAGGAAUCGUGGUCACAGGCAGGCAAUAGUCAUACACAGGUAGGCAAACAGGCAGGAGAAUCAAAAACUAGGACUGAAGGCUAUAACUGGUUCUCACAAACGAGCUAGGAAAAGUCUUAGUAGAGUCAAAACGAACAAUACCUCACAAGGCACAAACAGAAUGAACUGAACUAAAUAAGGAGCUGAUGAGACCAGGUGAGUAACAAACACAGGUGAAAUCAAUGAACAAAAAUGAAAAACAGGGCUACGUUCAAGAACACAAAGAAACAGGGCUACGUUCAAGAACACAAAGAAACAGGGCUACGUUCAAGAACACAAAGAAACAGGGCUACGUUCAAGAACACAAAGAAGACUAAGAAAAUACAGAACCUUACAGUGGGCAGAACUGAAAAAGUGUGUGCAAGCAAGGAGGCCUACAAACCUGACUCAGUUGCUUUGCUGCAGGAGGGACUGGUGCACUUCACAAAAUAGAUGGCAUCAUGAGGAAUGAAGAUUAUGUGGAUAUAUUGAAGCAACAUCUCAAGACAUCAGUCAGGAAGUUAAAGCUUGGUCGCAAAUGGGUCUUCCAAAUGGACAAUGACCCCAAGCACACUUCCAAAGUUGUGGCAAAAUGGCUUAAGGACAACAAAGUCAAGGUAUUGGAGUGGCCAUCACAAAGCCCUGACCUCAAUCCUAUAGAAAAUCUGUGGGCAGAACUGAAAAAGCGUGUGCGAGCAAGGAGGCCUACAAACCUGACUCAGUUACACCAGCUCUGUCAGGAGGAAUGGGCCAAAAUUCACCCAACUUAUUGUUGGAAGCUUGUGGAAGGCUACCUGAAACGUUUGACCCAAGUUUAACAAUUUAAAGGCAAUGCUACCAAAUACUAAUUGAGUGUAUGUAAACUUCUGACCCACUGGGAAUGUGAUGAAAUAAAUAAAAGCUGAAAUAAAUAAUUCUCUCUACUAUUAUUCUGACAUUUCACAUUCUUAAAAUAAAGUGGUGAUCCUAACUGACCUAGGACAGGGAAUUUUUACUAGGAUUAAAUGUCAGGAAUUGUGAAAAACUGAGUUUAAAUGUAUUUGGCUAAGGUGUAUGUAAACUUCCGACUUCAACUGUAUGUGUGCAGUCCGAUAUUACACUGAACUGAUGUGUGUGCGUGUGCAUGGGCAUGCGUCUUAACUGGUUUGUCUAUUCACUGACUUCUAAGGCUCGUAUUGUACAAAUCAACCCAUUCCCUUUGUAGAGCUCCAUUAGUCUCCCUUUUCCCUCCCCUUAUGUCCUGUUCUUAACUGGAUCAAACAUACACAUGAUGGCCAUUGUGCUGUCAGGUCCAACCUCACUUUCAGGUUGCGUCCCAAAUGGCACCCUAUUCCCUACAUAGUGCACUACUUUUGACCAGAGCCCUGUGGAUACAUAGUGCACUAUGUAGGGAAUAGGGUGCCAUUUGGGACACACAUUCAGCCUCUCUGUGGAUACAGCUGGUAGCUAUCACCAGACCCCAAUUAACAUGGCAAUUUGUACCACUCACGGUCAUCAGAACAUAUCUUUCUUCUGCAGAAUUUGUAUGAUUCAGACAUGAGGGAAGUGGAGGGGUAUGACAUUGGACUAAUGGCACUAAUGGAUAAUAUCAACAGCAUUUUAAAACAUGAAGGCUGUGAUUGUUAUGGAGAUGAGAAGAAAGGGAGAGAGAGAGAGAGAGAGAGAGAGAGAGAGAGAGAGAGAGAGAGAGAGAGAGAGAGAGAGAGAGAGAGAGAGAGAGAGAGAGAGAGAGAGAGAGAGAGAGAGAGAGAGAGAGAGAGAGAGAGAGAGAGAGAGAGAGAGAGAGAGAGAGAGAGAGAAAAUUAAAAGAAAGGCAUGGUAGUGAACUUAAGCCCUAAACCCUGUAUCGUUUUAAGAUGUGCCAAAACCUCUUGGACCCCAUGUUGUUUCUAGUUAAAGUUCCCUUCUGUCCUUUCUGUGAUCUGAACCGGAACGUUAGUGGGCUCUGGAAGAGCUUAGGCCGAGGGCUGGGCCAAUUAUCGGUAGACUCAAAAUAUGCAGCAGCCCCAGUGUGCGUUCCAAAUGGCACCCUUUACCAUAGUGCACUACUUUUGAACAUAGCCCUGUAGGCCCUGGUCAAAAGUAGUGCACUAUGUAGGGAAUAGGGUGCCAUUUGGGACGGGCCUCCAGUGUACUGUAGCUAGCUGUGCCUCAACCUUUUAUUUGUCGUAAUGUUAAAUAUUUGAAAUAUUUGAAUGACUGUAAUGUGAUAUUAUUGAAUGAAAAUGAUAGGCCCAGUGUUGGCCAAGCCAUACUUUGUUUUACUACUAUGUUGUGGUAUGAAGUCAAACUGGGUAAUGAGGAUUUGGUUUGUUCUACUUGGUGUCGAUGGGUCAGUGGGUGUGGUGGUGGGUGGGUCAGUGGGUGUGUGUUCUGUAGGGCUGUGUGAUGUGUUUCUGGCUCGUACUGCUGUGGUGUUUAUAACGUAUUAUGUGUGUGAGCGUGCGUGCUUGCGGUGGGGUUUGUUUCAGCUCAAUAACGUGUGUGUGUGUAUGCGUGUGUCUUCAGAGUUUGCGUGGCGUCUGGGGGACUGGACGGCGUGCAGCGCCUCGUGUGGCGACCGGGGGACGAGGACGCGGAGGGUCCGCUGUGUCACGCCGGAAGGACGUGAGGUCACACCCUCCAUGUGUCACCACCUAGACAGACCUGUCUCUUCACAGCUGGCCUGCAACCUGCAUGACUGCCCCCCCAGGUACACACACACACACCACACACUCUCACACACACACCCUUUCUAAACACACACACACACACACACACACACACAUAGAGCUCAAAAUAUAUACAUCUGUUUUUCUAGGUAAAACAGAUGCGUUGGUUUCACUGACCCCUGAGGAGAGAUCUACAGGGAAAUGGGUCAUUCAGCUUCAUGAGCCACUGUCAUGAAGAGUCUUGUCUACUAUAGCUGUGUCCUAAAUGGCACCCUAUUCCUUGUAUAGUGCACUUAUUUUAAACAGAUCCCUCUGGGCGUCCCUAUGGGCCCUGGUCAAAGGUAGUGCACUAUAUACGUUAUAGGGAAUAGGGGGCCAUUUGGGAUGCAGGUUAUAGCUCUCCUUAUUUUGUGUCCUUCUCCUACUGCUUUAUGUCAGCAACUGUCCAAGACCAAUACACAUAAAUCACGUUCAGGUCCAAGUGUUGAGGUUUCAUUGUUUUUCCUUGUACUGUAGCAGUCAAUAGGGGAGAGUGGGGUAAGUUGAGCCAUUUUUUCAUUUCAGCAUCACCCUGUCAAGGGAAAUAUAGUAGUCUUUCUAACAAAGAUAUCUACAUAUAUUUCAGAAUGUUGUUUAUCCCUGGAAAUAUUCAGAAUUAAUGUAAACAUUACAGUUAUGAAAACAUAGCUUGUCCAAAAAAAGUGGUCUCUUGGCACAACUUACCCCGGGUAUGGGGUAUCUGGGCUGCGGGACAGGGUAAGUUAAGCCGCAUACAAAUUUCUGUACUGAAUGAAAUAUUACUACUACCUCAUUUAAAACCAUGUCUAUCUUUAUUUCACAAACACAAUUCAACACAGUCACAAUCACUUUUUGUCUUUUAAUCAUUUAAAGCAUAUUUUAACACAGGCUUAACACCUAACAAACACUGUACCCUUUUAACAUAGGCCAGGCCCUGUUGUUACCUCAUAUCCCAGUGAUAAUGCUUUGCAUUACGCCUUGGAAGAAAACACUUCAAUUUGCUUAACUUGCCAUUGGCUCAAUUUACCCCAUGGCCAUUGGCUCAACUUACCCAAAGGCAAACAUUUUGACUAUAUUAGCCCACACAGUAACAAGGAUGCACUUUCAUGAUAAGUUUAGGACCUCAUAUUGAAGCUUAUAGAGACCCCAACUGAUGUAUAGAACAAUCUUUAAAUUAUCUACUUUGGUUUAGAUACAAGCUUCAUGAAAAUGUAUUUUUUGGACCUAACUUGCUGACUACUUUUUCCAUGUGGUUUCUUCCUUCACAGACUCUUCCUUCAUUAUGACCUUUUCCUAAAUAUGUGGUCACAUUAUAUAUUUUGUGUAUGGUUUCCUAGAAACAAGAGUCGCUCAACUUACCCCUUUUGCUCAACAUACCCCACCCUCCCUUACCCACUGAAAUCCAUAGGCAGAACAUAGAGUCCUGAUCAUCGAGCUAAAUGGCCCUAUGUAUUACAGAUCUCAAACAGGAUCUCAAACACUACAUGGGUAGUUGUAUUCCUUUCCCCCUCUGAGCCUGGUUCCUCUGUAGGUUUCUUCCUUCUAGGGAGUUUUUCCUGGCCAAUAUGUUUAGACUUUUCCUUCUGCUUUGCUUGCUCUGUAGAGGUUUAGGUCAGGUAACUGUAAAGCACUUUGUGACAAGUACUGAUGGAAAAAGGGAUUUAUAUAAUCAAUGUUAUUUGAUUGAUUGAUUGUUCUCUCCCAGCUGGGUAGCAUCGGUGUGGUCUAAGUGUUCCACUUCCUGUGGGCGGGGCUGGAGACAGCGGCAGGUGUCCUGUGGGCAGGUGGAGGCGGGGGGAGCGGUGAGGAUGCUAGCGCCAUCUGUCUGUGGGAGGAACACACGGCCAGCAGACAGACAGGAGUGUACCUGCGACAACUGUCCUGCCUGGGUUACCAGCCCCUGGGGAAAGGUACAGACGCAGACACACACAUACACACACACACACACACACACACACACACACACACACACACACACACACAGAGACACCCACACCUGCCCCCACACUCUCACACACACACCCACCCACACAAACACACACACACACACACACACUCAUGGACAGACACAUACGAACAGACGCACCCGCACCCACACCCGCAUACACAGACCACACAGACACACACAGACACCACACACACACAACUAUUAGCCACAACAUUACCUUUAUUAUCAUUGACAUGCAUGAUGGUAUGGUGUCUCCUCAGUUUGAAUACUGUGUACUUGAUGUUCUGGGAUGAAGUUGCCUCUAGAUGCAGACCUAGGAUCAACUUCUCCUUCCCCAACCUUAACCUUUAGUGGGAGAAAUGCUAAACUGACCCAAGAUCACCGUCUAGGGCCAACUCCCCCCUACUCCAUCCAAUACAAUUACUACAAAGAAGUCCUGAAUAAAGUUGUCAGGCUGUGAAACUUUCCUUGUUUAGUAUUGUGAAAACAUGUUAAUGACUCCAUUGCCCACAGUGCUCAGGGAAAUGUUUGGGUCCCACCCUCACAGUCCAGAAGAGGUCGGUGGUGUGUAGACAUGUCAACGGCACCAGACACCCUGACUGUGACCCCAGAGAAAGGUAAACAUACACCACAGGAGGUUGGUGGCACCUUAAUUGGGGAGGAUGGGCUCGUGGUAAUGUCUGGAGCAGAAUGGUGGAAUGGCAUCAAAUACAUCAAACACAUGGUUUCCAUGGUUUCCAUGUGUUUGAUGCCAUUCCAUUUGCUCCGUUCUGGCCAUUAUUAUGAGCCGUUCUCCCCUCAGCAACCUCCUGUGACACACACACACACACACACACACACACACACACACACACACACACACACGGUCUCUUUUCAUCCUCUCUCGUUGACUCUCAGCUGAAUCUGGUCAUGAAUAGCGUGGCUGUUGAACACGUUGAGGAGACUAAAAUAGUUGGUUACCUUAGAUUGUAAACUGUCAUGGUCAAAACAUAUUGAUUAAAUGGUUGUAAAGAUGGGGAGAGGUCUGUCUGUGAUAAAGAGAUUGUUUGACACCUCACUCCACAAAGCAAGUCCUGCAGGCUCUAGUUUUAUCUUAUCUUGAUUAUUGUCCAGUCAUAUGGUCAAGUGCUGCAAAGGAGGACCUAGUUAAGCAGCAGCUGGCCCAGAACAGAGUUGCACGUCUUGCUCUUCAAUAAUAUGCAUGACAGUUGAGGAAUGACUGACUGCAUCGCUUCUUGUUUUUAUAAGAAACAUGAAUGUGUUGAAAAUUCCAAAUUGUUUGCAUAGUCAACUUACACACAGCUCUGACACACACACUUACCCCACCGGACAUGUCACCAGGGGUCUUUUCACAGUCCCCAGGUCCAGAAUUAAUUCAAGGAAAUAUACAGUAUUAUACAGAGCCAUGAUUUCAUGGAACUCCCUUCCAUCUUAUAUAGCGCAAGUGAACAGCAAACCUGGUUUAAAAAAACAAAAACAAAGCAACACCUCAUGACACAACGCCUCUCCCCCAUGUGACCUACUUGUUGUGUGUUUGUACUGACAUGUAUAUGUAACUGAUAGAUGCAAACACACACACACACACACACACACACACACUACAUGUUUAUGUUUGUGAAUGUCUUUUGUUUGUAAUGUAUUUUUCGUUAUGUGUCGGUCCCCAGUAAGACUAGCUGUCUCCAUUGGUGCUUUCCCCCUAUCUCUAUCUCUCUUUGUCUCCCUCAGACCCGUCUCAGUGCGUAACUGUUCGUCAGAGCUGUGUGACGUGCACUGGCGUGUGGGGCCGUGGCGAGCGUGCACGGCAGCCUGUGGCAGCGGGUUUCAGUCUCGCAGGGUGGACUGUGCCCACCGCAGGAGUGGCAGAACCCUGGCAGACCAACACUGCACCUGGCACAGACGCCCAGCCACCUGGCAGCAUUGCAACGCCACCACCUGUGGAAGUAAGUGUGUAGUGUUUUUACCAUGUUACCAUAUUACCCUCACUACCUUUCCUCUGACUUCUGAAGCUGUGGAAUAUGUCAUUGGAGUGGUUUGGCAUAUUUUUGACUAAAGAAACAUCUAUUAGAAAGUGACUACGCACAAGUAAAAUCCCACAAACCCUAUUUUUAACAGUCCAGACCCAAAUCUAUAUCGACAUUUACACUGAUGUUGAAUUUCUGCCUGAAUUUGACGUAAAGCCAGACUCUUUAUAAUAAUAUGCCAUUUAGCAGACGCUUUUAUCCAAAGCAACUUACAGUCAUGUGUGCAUACAUUUUUACGUAUGGGUGGUCCCGGGGAUCGAACCCACUACCCUGGCGUUACAAGCGCCGUGCUCUACCAAUUGAGCGACAGAGGACCACUUUACUUCCUGCUACUUUUCAAUGGAAAUAUGGAAUGGGUUCCAAGUGGCACUCAAUUCCCUAUAUACUGUAGUGCACUAUUUUUGACCAGAGCCCUAUAAGAGCCCUGGUCAAAAGUAGUGCACUAUAAAGGAAAUAGGGUGCCAUUUGGGACGUAACCAUGUUCUUCUGCGGGGAGAAUGGAUGUUAUUUUAUGUCAAAAUGUCGAGUUUCAGCAUUUAACACUUUCUCUGUUGUCUCUGUGUUUCUGUGAAGGUGAAUGCAAAGACACCACCCACUACUGUGCCGUGGUGAAGAGGUUAAAGCUUUGCCCCAUCGACAUGUACAAGCAGAGGUGUUGUGAGUCCUGUUUACAGGAGGAUGGCGCCACCUAGUGUUCUAGGAGGAAGUUGCCCCUAGACGCUGGUCUUGGAUCAGUUUUGCAUUUCCUCCACUAAUGGUUAAGGCUGGGAAUGGGGGAGGGGAAGCUGAUCCCAGAUCUGUACCUAGAGGAAACUUCACCCAGGAGAGUUGAGAUAGUAUGGACAACAGAACUCUUGGAACGAUGGAUUGAGGGAGGGAUGGGUGGAGGGAUGGAGGGAUUGAGGGAGGGAUGGAUGGAGGGAUGGAUGGCUUGAGGGUGGGAUGGAGGGAUUGAGGGAGGGAUGGAUGGAAGGAUGGAUGGAUUGAGGGAGGGAUGGGUGGAUGGAUGGAUGGAUGGAGGGAUGGAUGGAUUGAGGGAGGGAGGGCUGGAAGGAAGGAAGGAAGGAAGGAAGGAAGGAAGGAAGGAAGGAAGGAAGGAAGGAAGGAAGGAAGGAAGGAAGGAAGGAAGGAAUGA